AUGAUUUCCCUUCACACAGGACAUUCUGGUGUUAAUCAACUUGGAGGGAUGUUUGUAAAUGGCCGCCCACUGCCCGACAGCACCCGCCAACGCAUUAUCGAACUGGCACACUCCGGCGCACGUCCUUGUGAUAUAUCCCGAAUCCUUCAAGUUUCUAAUGGGUGCGUAUCGAAAAUAUUGUGUCGCUACUACGAAACAGGCUCAAUUAGACCAAAGGCUAUCGGAGGCAGCAAACCUCGAGUAGCCACAAACAUGGUUGUCCUCAAGAUUGCGCACUACAAACGAGAAUGUCCAUCAAUUUUUGCCUGGGAAAUAAGAGACCGACUGUUGCAAGAAGGUGUUUGCACACCGGAGAACAUUCCAAGUGUGUCCUCCAUCAACCGGGUAUUACGUAAUGUAUGCAGUGAUCAGUCCCACCUGAGUCCAAUAUUAAAUCGGUCAUUAGAAGGGCAAAGUGGUUUGCUCCGCUCUAAUCUUGGUCAGAGUCCUAAUGUAAAACCAAGCCCGAAUUCACGGACUGCAGUUCCCAGCUGUGCACCACAGAACGGACAAUCAGGGCAUUUGCAACAUCAACAACCUUAUCUUCACCAGCAUCAGUCCCCACCGUCUGUCACUGAUCCAUUUGGUCUGUUUCAACAACGUCACCUACUCCAUCCAGAGUCAACCCCACUCGACCUUCAACAAGCUGAACUACAUCCUCAGCGUGAUGCGGUAAAUAUGAAUGCUAGUCAGCAACUCUAUCCAUUACCCCUGACAGCUCACUAUGGAACCGCAACACCCAACACCAAAACCGGUCGACUUUCGAACAACUUCUCUCACUCACAUUCCGCAGCGUUCGCUGCCGCGGCAGCCAUGGCAGCGGCCGCCCAACAUUCGUCACACUACCAACCACAGCUAGCUAAUUCACGUUUGGUUCAGGAUACCAGCCUCAUGUCCAUUAGUCAGUCUGCGGUAAACAGCCAUAUGCUUGAAAGCUCCAGCUCACAAAAUGGUGGUACUUACGAUACCUUCUCCAAUCUCCUUCAUCCGGCUGCCUGGUCAUCCUGGUACCAUCACCAUUCGACUAGUCAAAAUGCAUCACAUUAUGGUGUGGGCUAUCCAACAUUCCACUCACCUGAUCUGCUAGAUGCACCCACCACAGGCAAACUUUUCCCCUAUCCAGAUUGCGUCGCAUCCGCUGGAUUCCCCAUUUCUAUGCGACAGGCAACCAACACUCAUACGAAAGAGGAUGCUUCGUUCUCAGAAAGAUUCAACCUCGACUCGCAUACACUGGAUGUGGCGAACAAUAAUCGGUAUAAGCGUACAAGACAAACCAGUGUUUCCGACAAACAAACCUACGCCAGUGAGGUGUCAGAAAAACUACAUCCGCAAGAUCAAGGGACGUUUACGAAAGUGACAAAUGAUUCGGAGCAUCAAUUCAUUCAAUCCAAAUCGAUUGGUCAUUUACUACCGUCUACCCUCGCGCCGAUGGAGGUAAGCACAGAUUCGACAAGAAAACUGAAAGAACUGGUGGCAUCUCUAACUGAGGACAGUGUUUUUAAACGUGUCAAGACGGAUGCAAAGCGGAAUUCAACUUCAGAUCUAGCUCAGGUUCUAAAGUCAACGACGUUCCCUAACUACGCCGCUAGUACACAGAAGGCAGAAGCGACCUCGCUCAUUGACUCUCGGCUUGCAAAUCCACCGGGAACUCUCUGGUCCCCGAACAAUGAUAAUUCCGGUGGGAUCAAAAGCCCAGGGAGUAUCCCUCUUGAACUGCAGCAAGGAAGGAACAAGUCUAAGGGCAAAGCACCAUACACUUCGUAUAUACUGGAUGACGUGGACGAUAUGUUGCAAGCUAAUCUAUACGGCAGACAUUCCAGUGGUGAGCACGAGCCUGGGUCCUCGCAUGCACAUCCGAGCCAACCGUUAUUUCAGACGGAUAGGCUCUCUGAGGCCGAAUGCGACCUAAAUGCGACAGAUCAGACUGAAAUAGCUCAAAACGUGAAGAUGAGUGAUGCCUCACCAAACGCUGCAAAAAAAGAAACCAGUGAUACGAAUAGUGAAUCUGAAGAGACUAGGAAAUCGCAACGCAGCAGGACUGCAUUCACCUCAGAACAACUGGAUCUAUUGGAAAGAGAAUUCGAACGUACCCACUAUCCGGAUGUGAGUGUUCGGGAACAACUGGCAGAGUCGAUGCUUCUUCCAGAAGCCCGAAUCCAAGUAUGGUUUUCUAACAGGAGGGCGAAAUGGCGAAGAGAAGGAAAAGAGAGACUCCACAGCUGCACGCCACCCAGUUCCGUCAAACCGUCAGCCUCAGACAAUUCACCGAAAUCCAACGUCAUUUCCACCCAUCCUGACCAGUCAGACGCACCAAUUCAUUGUCCUUCCGUCUCAGAAAACCACAAAACUACGCCAAAUGCGGACGCAAAGUAUUCCAAUGACACCCACCUUACGGAAGCUUAUGCCAAUCAUAGAGGGACUGUGCGGUUGACUUCACAACCAACAGCGUACGACACGGAUGCCGAGGGUUUUCGUUAUUCUAGGCCAAAGUACGAUGAAAACGAAGGCGGACAAAUGGGUGCUAAGCACGUGUUGGAAACUCGUUAUCCUGAGAUGACACACAACAACUUGUUUGACGCCCACGUGCUACGACCAGAUGAUCCGGCACUAUUUGAAGGACAUUUUCUGAACUCCCUGGAGAAAAACCCUCCACCUAUGUCAUAUCAGCGCUCUUGUCAACCGACUGACCAAUCUACGGUGUGGCUUAAUUCAACUGACUCCUUACCGUUCUACGGAGUAGAGCCUUCGCAACCCGUGACUUGGCCACCGUCUGGUUGCCCCCAACCUAGCACAUUAUCAACAGAUUCAGGGAUCGCCUCACCACCAAUGAUCGCGUCACAACCCGACCAAUCAAACAGUUUCUCCACCGUAGCAGCAGCAGCUGCGGUGGCGGCCGUUGCAGCCUGGGGAGGAGGAUGCGGAAACCCAUCACGGACAAGCGACUAUCAAGUACACCCUUUCCAAACCAACGUCACAUGUUCAGAACCAACUGAGAUGUCUGCCCCCAGGAGUAUCACGCAUUCGGUGGGCAAGAAGUUCGAUUUGGGUAACCUCAUAUCACAACAUUCUGUCUCAGACUCAAUAGAAAGCCCUACCUUCUGCGAGCUACCACGAUUUCUUCGUUGA